ACAUUAUCAUCAUCAUCACCAGCACCAGCACCAGCAUCGACGAUUGUUAAUGGUCAAACGAAUCGUAAAGUACAAUUUGGUCCAGCUACAAUUGCCUAUCAGGUUAAAUAUUCUAAACAUCCGGGUGAUGAAAAUAAAAAUUCACAAAACAAAACGAAAAAAGAAUCAAUAAUGUAUCCAAGAAAUCGAAUGGAUAUGCUACGAUGGUUGCUGCAGCAGAUAACCAUUAAACAAUGGUUACAAUUCAUUACAUUCAUAUUGCUUAUGUUUCAAUGUUUUUGGCAAUGUUUUCGGCUAUAUCGAAUAUAUAAAAAAGAAUAUAAACAAACAUCCGUUUCCUAUGAGCUACCUGAACAAAUUGAAUUCCCCGCAUUGACCAUAUGCAUACCGAUUAUAAUACCAUUUAAUAAUCGAUGUUUUGAUGAUUCAAUUUCCGUUAAUAAUGAUAAUCAUACUGAUGAUAAUAAUGGUGAUGAUGAUAAUCAUCGUCGUAAUAAGGACUGUUUACAUAUACCACUUAUAACCAUAUUCAAUCAAUCAAUGUCAACAUUUGGUCAUCAAUGUAAGAUAAAAUCCAAUCGAUCACCAUCGAUGAUAUAUUGUGCCAAUAUUUCACCAAUAAUUGAAAAUUAUUAUCAAAAUCAUCGCUGUUAUACAUAUCUAAGUGAAAUAACAUUAUUUCGUUCGAAUCAAGAUCCAUUUAUGGUACCGAUUAUUGAUUAUAAUGAUUUCUAUGUACAGAUAUUAAUUCAAUCAAAUCCAUUUGGUCAUCAUUUCCAAUUUCAGGAAAGUAGAAGCAGUAAUUCCAUAAUGUUAUAUCUACAUCAAAUCGAUCAGAUACCAAUAGAUUUAAUGAAAGAAUCACUCACCAUAUCUAUGGGUCGUAAUUAUAAUUUAAAUUUCAAUCUUCGUAAAACAUUUGUAGCGAAUACGGAAUUUUUUGAUUGUCGUAAUUAUAGUAGCCAAUAUCAAUCAUUAAGUGUUUCAUCAAAUCGAUGGUCAUCAUCUAGAACAAAAUCAUUAUCAUCAUCAUCAUCAUUAAAUCUUGGACAAAUGAUAUCACGACAAGAAUGCUAUAAUCGUUGUUGUAUGGAUGAAUGGCGUCGUUUAUGUGGCCACUGUUUUCCAACAUCUGUUUCAUUACGUAAAGAUUUAAUCCAUGUACAGGAUAGAUUCUGUUCAAAUGCUGUGAAUGAAGAAUAUGAUUAUGGACAUAAUCGUUGCCAUAAUAAUGAAAAUGAUAUGAUUGAAAAAAUAGCCAUCGAUUGUAAUGGCCAAUGUCCAGAAGAUUGUCGAGAAACAGAUGUUGAAUUCAAUGUAGAAGAAUCUGAAUAUGAAGAUCGUGGUGAAACAAUGAUCAUAAUAAAACGUGCUAUAAGGCCAGAUAAAUUAUUAAUUCAAUUGCCAUGGAUUACAUCGAUUCAAUAUAUUGGUUACAUUGGUGGCCUUCUUACAUUUCAUCUAAUAAUCUGGUGGUUGAUUUGUAAAUUUUUACAAUUAAUCUCAUUCAUUUGGGAAGUGUAUCAAUUGAAUUGUGUGUAA